AUGUUGGCUCACUCAACAUCUCUCGUCUUCACGACAGAAGUUCAUUUAUGGGCUUCCUUACUACAGUCAAGGAACUUCGGAAGACGAGUACCGAAUCAAGGGAAACCGCCCAUUGUACCACCGUCAAAGAAAGUGCUUUACAACGUGGUUCACGUACCGUGGCAAUCUCCUGAGGAUGUGAAAGAGCUUCUUUGGCGACGUCAUGUUUAUAACAAUGCCGUCAUAUCACUGAAAGAGGUAUUUCGUCAAGAAAUACGAGAAGCAGAAGCUGCUGGUAAAAGUAUGGAAGCUAUGAAAGAAAAGGAAGAUGCUGAAUUCAAUCGACUAAUUGCGGAAAAUGACAUGAUUAACCAGAAGAAGGUAACUAUUUAUAAUAUUGUGUAUGAAUGGACAUCGGAAGGAGUGCGGGCUGCUAUUGAUCGCAGUAAGAAUUUCGUAGACGUGACAAAUUUGGAGAAGAAGAUAUUGGAGGCUCUCGAAAAUCCUAAAGUGUAUGAUUUUGCUAUUGAUCGUCAAGGAAAGAAGUAUUAUGAUCCGCCACCAAUGAAAUAUCAAGAAGGUAUACCAACUCGGCAAAAAGGACGCUUCUUUGAUCGUACACUUGGUGUCUCGCAAGCCAACGAUGUGGAAAAGGAAGAUGAGCAGCACAGCCUGAAAGCGUCAAGUGUUUGA